CAAUAACAUAAAUUUGGAUUUAAUUUUUUUUAUUGCAAAAAUCAUUGUAUUAAAGUGAAUCAUUCCUAAUAUGGUCAAUGACAACAACAAAUACAAGUGAAUAUGCAGUGAGAGAAUAUAGAAGAAAAACAACGUUAUGCGCAUAACACCAACGUCUGAGCAAGUGACGAGCAGCAAAUCAAACAACAAUAGGCGAGCGAGCGAGACGAAUAUACGUUCACCAUAACGUACAAGCUAAAUGUGAACCGAAUAAAACGGAUCGAAUCAGUUGUUUCGUUGACAGAGUGAGUGACAAUACGUGUAGAGUUGAGAGAAGAGGAAAUAAACGUACAGCUAGAGGGUUUUUUCUUUGUUAGUUCAUUUUUUUUUAUUUUCGUAUCCAAACAUCAUCGAUCUGCAUUCGCUUCAUCUGGGUUUUAUUUCGAAUUUUGAUGCUUUUUACCAUCAAAAACGAUUGUUGCUAUUGAUUUUCGGAUUAAAAUUGAUGAUUUUGGUCCAAAUUCGAUGAAAAUCAGCAACCAAAAAACACGGCCAACUAAAAAGUGAACGAUGACGCAGUUAUCUUUCUAAAUCUUCUAUACUUCAAAAUUGAGGCGCACGUCAGCGCAGAUAAACGCAAACCAACACAACAGAAAAUUAACAACAACAUUUUUUAUUUAAUUUUUGGGAAUUUUGCAAUAUUUUGGUGUCCAAAAAAGACCAAAACAACAACAACUGCUGAAUUGGAUAGAAAAAUUUGUUGUGUUGUGUCCAGCAAACGAUAAAAAAAAAUCCUGAAAAGUAUUCUGCAUGCGGAAUACGGCUCCUUGUCACCGUUGAUGGGCAAUUCGUCAUGAAUGGUUUCUUUUCAUUCAAAGGAAUUAUUGAUUUAAGAUGUCGGCCGAAUCUCCAAAACGUUCUCCUCGAUUACCAACAAUUGUACCACCGGAACCAGUAAGCGAUCGCUCAAUAAUCGAUAGUGUAACCGGGUUUAUCAAUGAAGUAACACUGACCAGUGUACCACAAAUCGAUCAAAAGGAGCAAAUACAAUGGAUACGGUUUGAGACAACAGCUGACGUAAGCAAUCCAAGCUUUGGCGAGGACUAUGAUUUGGAAAGUGGAAUACCACCGCCAUUGAUUUUAAUCUUGGGAUACAAAACGGGCAUUCAAAUUUGGUCGAUACCAGCAAAUGGAGAGGCAACCGAAGUUUUAUCAUGGCGACAUGGCGUUGUUCGUUGUUUGAAAGUGCUACCAACACCAAUAUCGAGCUAUGCUUCUGACAAUGCAAACGAACCCAUUGACGAUCUAUACGCGCAUAAAAGACCGUUGAUGGCCAUUUGUGAAAGUUCACAAGUUUCCUCGACUGGACCGCAAUUCUGCACAAUGAACAUCAUUUCGUUGCGUGAUGGUGACUCAAUUAAAAGCAUUAAGUUCAAAACGACAAUUCUAGAAAUAGCUGCUAAUCAUCAAUCAAUUGUGGUAACAUUUGCGGAAAGAAUAGCCGUUUUUGACGCCCGCACCUUAGAAGAUCGACUGACAAUCACAACAUGUUAUCCUAGUCCUGGCUUAUCACCAAAUCCAAUUGCGCUCGGUCCGAGAUGGCUUGCGUAUGCCGAACGAAAGCUAAUUCCAUCAAAACGCAGUGCAGGCGGUUGUGAUUGUGAUGGAGUGUCUAGUUACACGGCAACCGUGUUGCAUGCAGCAAAAACACUCGGCAAAGGAUUGCGUGAACUGGGCGAACAAGUGGCUGCCGGUUUAACGGGAACUGGUCAAAUUGGACCAAAUAACGUUAGUUCCACAACUUCAACAGUACCGGGCAAUGAACAACAAUUGCAUCCAGGAAUUGUAACCAUUCUGGAUAUUAAGGAUUCAAUGAAAGAUACUAGUCCAACGGGCACACCAGUGACGGUAUCCGGCAACGAUCCGAUAAUUGCUCACUUUGUUGCUCACACUGAUGUUGUGGCGGGCAUGACUUUUGAUGCGUCUGGUUUAUUGCUGUUGACGGCAGAUAAACGUGGUCAUGAUUUUCAUGUUUUUCGCAUUAAUCCACAUCCAUGUGGAUCAGCGUCGGCAUCUGUGCAUCAUUUGUAUAUACUUCAUAGGGGCGACACAACUGCCAAAGUGCAGGAUAUGAUAUUUUCAUUAGAUUCACGUUGGGCUGCUGUUACAACAGCGCGCGGUACAACGCACACAUUUCCUGUUACACCGUACGGCGGUCCGGCCACAUUUCGUACUCAUGGCUCGUCUGAAGUUGUAAAUCGUUUGUCACGCUUUCAUCGUUCGGCCGGUCUAUCGGCUGAUGGUCGUUCAAGCAGUCCAGUUUGUCCAGUUUUCCAUACCGACGGUGGCACUGUUAGCGCUGAUCCAUACCAUAAUUCAAGAUUACCACCGUUCCCACGACCAUAUGUCGUGAUGCCAUUAAAGCAACUGCGUCAACCAUUAACACUAUUGCCUGCCACAUCAACAACAACACCAACGACAACCAGUACAACGUCACGUCAACGACAAUCAUCCAUAUCGGAUGAUUCGGGCAAUGUGUUCCGAGUUUGUGCUACAUUUGCUCGACCAAGAGAUUGGUUACUCCAGCCAUUGACCACGGCACGAGACAUGCCUGCGUUGAAAAAUCCACGCAAUGCAGUUGAUUCGUUGUUUGUGAUGGCUGGACACGGUUCGAUGAUUCAAUAUGAUUUGGAACCGAAAUACAGUUCAAGUAUACCUGCAUCAAAACAAAAUGAUGAUUCGCCAAUCGAAUUGUAUGUCGAAGCGAAGGCUCAAUGGAAUCUCUUGCGCAAGGACGCAUCAAUUGAAAUUCAGCCACCACUUCCAUUGGAAAAUUGGCUUCUCAAAAAUCGAAUGGAAAUGAAAGACACCACAAACGAUUCGGAGGCGUCAGACAAUGAUGAGCGUUGGUUAUCACAGGUGGAAAUUGUGACAUCCAGCGGACCACACAGGCGCCUUUGGAUGGGCCCACAAUUUAUAUUCAAAACAUAUAACACUCCCAGCGGAUCAACAUUACAACAUAUUGACAGUGAAGCAGUGGAAAUCGGUGUUAACUGUCCCGCAAAUCGGCCCGCGCGAUCAAAUCCAAUGCAAACGCCAUCAAUUGCGCUUGGACGUGGUGUUGUUCCAGUGCUAAUCGAAUCGGGAUCAGCCAGUAGCAUUGAACAGAGUCCCCGUUUUAUGAAUCAAUACAUGAGUACUGAGGAUUUGUCAAUAAAACCAGCGGAAACGCAACUUCGUGAAGAUUUGGCCGAUGCCAUGCGUGAAUCACCACGAGACUCAGGCUUACCAACGAACCAUGCAUCGUCGUCGUCAUGUGCAACAACAACUACGCGUAGUUCAGUUUCAAUUGCAAAAGUGGUUAAUCCUUUAGGUACGGUAACAACAAUAACUGAAUCAUCGCGCGAAAGUAUGUUGGCCGAUGAAUUUGCCGAAUUCAAAGAGGAGUAUUCGUCGGGCGCAUAUCUCUUUGAGAAUUGUGAUGAGUCGAUGUUUAGGCCGUAUGUCGCUGUGAUUAGCGGCUCAAUUGAUAGUGAAAGUCACACACCGCAAGAGAAGCCCGAGCCCAUUGGACAAAAGCUUAUUGUGCCCGUUAUCGAUAGUUCGCAGUUGGAACAACGAAAUCGUGAAAAAUCACGAAUGUUGGAAAUGAAACGUCAACAAGAAGAGAAUGUUGCAAAAUUCGAACAAAUGUCGCUUUUGAAUCGAAAAGACAAAAAUUUUGACGUCAAGGAAGAAAAAACAAAGAAAUCAACUGCGAAGAACAUCAGUGCAAAGGAGGAGGAAAAAGUGCAAGUAAAAGAAUCAAAGGACGAAAAGGCGCCGGAAAAAAAUGCGGUUAAAAAAAACGACAACGGCACGAACAUUGAGAAGAAAAUUGCCAAUGACAGCAACAUCGCCGAAACGGUGACAGUAAAAUUGAAGAAAAAAGGAAAUAAGGCACAAAUAAAAUCCGCUGAACCGAAUCCAAUUGAAUUAGACGAGCCGGUGAAAAGGGCUUCUGAACGCAGUGCAAAAUUUGAUGCGGAACCAUCUAUGUCACAAUAUGAAAAAUUUGAGCUCAACAAUACUGUUAAAAAUGUUGAAUGUGAAAAGCUCGAAGAGUUUCCUCCACCAAAACCCAUUAAAUCAAAGAAAAAAUUAUUGGCCGAAAGUAGUUCGUCCAAAGAAUCGUCAAUCGAAAAGGACUUUGUACCGACACCAGCUGCCGAAGGAACCAAAUCGAAAAAGAAAAAGAAGAAAAAUGAUGCGGCAGCAACGUCAUCAUCCGAAGAUUCAAAGGGAAAUUUUGCAAAUGAUCAAGUAUCAAAAUCAUUGGAUCUUCUUGACGAUUCGGUUGAUACGUCAUUUUUGGAAAAUAUUGACAAAAUCGAUGGUGCACAAUGUGCCGAAAUUCAAACAAGUUUGCUAAAAAGUUCGAUAGCUGCUACGCUGUCGUUGCGUAAAGGUUCUCUCCAAGAAAAAGUCGAAGACACUGAAGCAAACGUAUCGAAAUCGUCAAAAUCAAGCAAAAAGAAAAAAUGGUCAAAAGAAUCGAUUGAAAUCGAAUUUAUCACACCAAAUUCACCAGAUGAACACGUUGAAUUUGUGUAUCCUGAUGCAAGCGAUUCGGUGCUCGAUUUGGAUAAUUUGAGUUUCAAAAGUACAAUUGACGAUCAAAUUAAUUUGAUUCCAUUAGAAAGUCUACAGAAUGACAUCGAAUGGACAAAAGACCGUACCACUGACUAUGAUAAACUUUCAGACGACGCUGAAACUGGUUCGGGUGCUCAAUAUUCCGACUGCAAGAGUUUUCAGUUGAUCAUUGAUGAGCCGGAAUCGUAUAUGCCAGCAAGCGAUACAAAUUCAUCCGAUGAAACGGAUAACUCAUCGCAAAGCAAAAGCACCAAGAGCAGCGACAAAACGGUUGACGAUGACGAUGAAGAAUUACAGCCAUUGAUUUCUUCGACCACAUCGGAUGUUGCAGUUGAUUUGUCAAAAAGCGAUGCACUGCCAAACGAAGCCAACCCAAGUGAUUCAACAACACAGCCACAAUCAAGCGAGCAAAAUCAACAGCAACAACAAAAGCAGUCCAACAAUAACAACGGAAACAAAGGCAAAAAAUUUCGCAAGAAACGCAGAUAAGAAUUAAUGCUGAUCGCGCUCACUGUAUUUGUUCUAUUUAUUUAUUCAUUGCAUCAUAAAAAUUACUAUUAUUUCUGUUAGAAUCGAAAUUGAUGCAAGCACAAAAGCAACCAUUUUUCCAAGAUAUUUAUGCACAUACACACAUCCUCAGCUACCGUAUUCUAACUCAAGAGAACGGUAAUAAUUUGCUCUCCCUUCUUUUGCUUUCUGCGACCUAUCUAUGUCGCAAACUUCGAACGUAUAUACACGUAUAUACAUGAAGAAAAUGUCUAAUGCAAAUUAAAGUCAAGUUGGACACUUCCAACUACAAAAAAAAUUAACAAAAAAGAAAAAUGAAAAAUAAUGUUGUAAAUCAAAGUAGAUCUUUUGAACGAACAUCAUCAUUAUGCAGGUGUUAUUAUUUUAAAAUUGUAAAAUUCAUAAAUUAUUUAUUUUUAUAUUUGCCCACGACUAAAAUUUUUAGUCGAAUGAAAUAUGUUCUUGUAUAUUUACUUAUGUUCAAAAUUAUCGGUAUUCACAAUUGAAAUGCAGCAGGUUCAUUUUAGUAUUGUUUUCAUUAUAAAUAUAAAUUUGCAUCCCUUAUCAAUCUAUCUCUUUUAUUGCUAUGCAUUACAUGCAUUCUAUGUAAAUGUAGAUAUCAAAAUUGUUAAAUUACAUUUAGAAUGGAGAAUCAAUUGUACGUAAAACAAAAGAAGCGCUCAUAUUUUGCGAUCUCAACACACAAAAUGUAUAAUGACAAAGAAGUAUGUUUUUAUUUCUAAUUUUGUUACAAUUUGAAAAUAUUACACUUACCUGAUCUAUUUACACAAAUUUAAAUGUUUACAUACAAAUAAGAAUUGAAUUGAGAGGAGAAGUAAAUAUGAGAAAGCAAAAUGUGUGAGCGGCGAAAAGACAGCAUUGAAUAUUUGGCCUUUAAAAUUAAAAAAAAACUUAGGUUAUUAUUUUAUAUAUACUUUUUUUUUUCGCUGAGAAUAACUCGGCUUUUGUUCGAAAAUCGUAAAGUAUUAAGAGGAAGUCUGCACCAAAAAAUUAUUUUGCAAAACAAAAGAACAAAAUUGUUUAAAUUAAUAAAGAAAAACUGAUGUGUACGAUAGACAUUGUCUAUUCAACAAGUGACAUGUCAACCAAUUUAAAAUCGGAGGAGAUUUUAUGCCAUGAUUCACUGAGUUACGUUUUCAUUUAGGACAAAAGCUAAUUAGAUAAAAUUAAAUUAUAAUUUUAAUAUUUACGAUUUUUUUUUUCUUUGAUAAUUUCACAAUCGAAGCGUCGUCUGGUUGCUUCCUUCAUUCGGAAUAUUUACUGAAGAUUCAUUUAUCAACUCUUAAUAUGGUACGCCUUAGCUGAUCAAAUUACAAAUUAACACAUUAAAUUUUUUCAAUGUCAUACCAAUUCUGCUUGAUCAAAAUUCAAUCAUACCAUUUUUAUUUUGAUUGAUUAACAAGCUGCAAAAAUAUGUUGAAAAAUUUAAAAUGGAAAAAAAUAUCAAUUUGGUGACUAUAUAACCUUUUGUUAUAAUCUUUCAAAAACAACCAGACGAUGGCACGAUGACAAAAAACGAUGUCACAAAUUUCACUCCAAUCGAAUAGGAGUAACUUUUGUGCAAUUUAAAAAAAAACACACUUUCUGCGAUAAGUUAUAUGUUUUACAAAGAAAAGAUAGGAACGGAAUAAAAACGUAAGAUUAACGCUACGCUGAAUCAAAUUUGCGAUGUAAAUAGAUAAAACUGAUGUGUGUGUGUGCGCCGAUUGAACUAAUGUUUAUGUUUUUAAAGUAAACUAUCGAAUCGAAUGAAACUGAGAUCGAUGAAUGUAUUAUAAAAUCGGAGAAUGGAUUGCGAAGAAUUGUAAUGAAUUCAAAAUAGCGUGUAGAGAACGAAUGCAUAUUAUUAGAUAUUUAUUUCAAAUAAAAAAUACAAAAAAAUGA